AUGUUCAAAAGCGUUACUCAACGAUCUAUUGGCCCAUCGCAGAAAUUUCAAAAGCGUCAAUUCGUAGUGGCCACGGCUUUGACGCUUGGUGGCUUCGUCUUUGGCCGCAACGCCCGCUUGGCCAAUGCAAUGGCCAGGGGAGAGAUACAUAACAAAAAUUAUGAGGCAAAAGCUCAGGUUACUUCAAUAAAAGAUUCCAGGCCAAUGAAGCCUAAGUAUGACGGACAUAUUCCACUGUAUCCGCACGAACGCGUUCUUUUGUUCCUCGUUUCAGGACUUAAAUCCUACUUCCAUCCCGAAAAUGGUGAUAACAUCGUACAGCUGGGCGAGGCUUCUGCCUUUACAUUCUUCCUGGAGAAUCUACAACGCACUAUGCUUGCAGAUAAGACUGGAAGACGAAUAUUGCGUGAACAGCCAGAUAUCACUUCGGAAAGCUUAGACAUGGAACGCCUGAGUAAAAUGGGCCCUAACACAUUGGGUUAUAGCUACUACAAAUGGCUGCUCAAGGAAGGGGUCUCUCCCGAUACAAGGGCCCCGGUGAAAUACGUUGAUGACCCUACGCAUGCUUACAUAUUCAAGCGCUACCGGCAGUGCCACGACUUCUAUCACGCUGUAAAUGACCUUCCCAUUAUCAUCGAAGGCGAAAUUGCAGUAAAAGCCUUAGAAGCAGCAAACAUUGGUGUCCCCAUGGCUGCUUUAGGUGCUCUCUUCGCCCCACUACGCUUGAAGCCAGCACAACAACAGCGCCUCUAUGAGAUUUACCUUCCUUGGGCUGUCAGAACAGGUUUGAGUUCCAAGCCACUAAUUAACGUGUACUGGGAAGAGCUGCUAGAAAAGGAUGUAGAUGAAAUCCGGAGAAAUCUGAACUUCACCCCACCCCCAGACUUAAGGGCCCUUCGUCGGGAAAGAAUGAAACAGCGCCAGCAAUUCAAAGUCAGGUACGACAAGCAUGAAGUAGAAUGA